AUGGAACCUGAAAGAAGAAAAACCAAGAAAUAUACUUUCAAGAGUUUAGAUGUGGAAGAAUUAAGAAAGCCAGGAUCCUUGAUUGUUGAUCAAGACAAGUUUUGUAGCAAGUAUGGAAGAUUGUUGUAUCUCCUCAGAACCAAGAUGGAAGAAGGAAUCCUCUCCACUCUGAUUCAAUUCUAUGACUCAUUGUAUCAUUGCUUCACCUUCCCUGAUUAUCAACUAUUGCCUACCUUGGAAGGGUAUUCAAGUAUUAUUGGGUUGCCCAUUACUGGAAGAGUUCCUUUCACCGGUUUAGAAAAAGAUCCCAAGCCUUGUGAGAUUGCAAAAUCCACUCAUUUGAGAAAGGGAGAAAUUGAUAAGAGCAUGGUUACUAAAGGAGGAUUACCUGGAUUACCUGCUGAGUUCUUAAUUGAGAAAGCUCUCACCUUGUCACAAGAAAGAAAGGAAGAAGACUUUGAAGCUAUUUUUGCCUUGUUGGUGUAUGGAUUGUUCUUGUUCCCUAUCAUUAACAACUUUGUUGAUAUGAAUGCCAUCAAGAUCUUUAUGAAGAAUCAUGUUCCUACCAUACUUGGGGACACUUACUAUUCUAUUCAUCUCAAAAAUUCCUAUGGAAAGGGAAUGGUUACUUGUUGUACUCCUUUGCUAUACAAGUGGUACAUAUCUCAUCUGCCUGACACCUCUGAAUUCUGGAGCCAAAAAGAAGGAUUGAAAUGGUCACACAAGAUCAUUACUCUUACCAACACUGAGAUUGUUUGGACAAACAAUCACUUUUGUAGAAUGAAGACUUUAGACUGCUAUGGUGAUUCCCCUAAUGUGCCCCUCAUUGGUACAAAAGGAGCAAUCAGUUAUAGCCCCGUGUUAGCUCGUCGUCAAUUUAGGUUUUCUAUGGACAAAAGACCAAGGAGCAAUUUAUUAGAGGGAUUCUUUAUGGAAUAA